AAGCCCAUAUCAGGAAAAAGCUCUCAUUAGUCAUUUCCUCUCUCUCUCUCUCUCUCUCUCUCUCUCUCUCGCUCUCUUGUAGAAGACAAGUGAUUAGUGAGGGGGAUGUGGAGGAAGGGGAAGAAGAGGACGGAGGAGGAGCCCGCGGGGGACAGGGACGACCCCGCCGGAGCCCCCGCCUCCAAAAGGCCCGCGAGGGCCUCCUCCGACGACCCCGAGGACGGCAUCGUCGUCUGCGAGAUAUCGAAGAAUCGGAGGGUUUCGGUGCGGAGUUGGCAAGGGAAGGUCGUGGUCGACAUCAGGGAGUUCUACUUCAAGGAUGGGAGGCAACUCCCCGGAAAGAAAGGUAUAUCACUUCCAAUGGAUCAGUGGAAAAUCUUAAGCGACCACAUUGAAGAAAUCGACGAGGCGGUGAAGGAAGAAGCAUAGUUUCUUACUUUUAGUAGGACUUCUGGCUUCAACACAUCUGCUUUUUGUCUCUCGACAUGGUUGGAGCAGAAUGUUCUACAGACUUAUUAUGUAAUGUACUUAGGGUUGACUUGACGAACCUUUUUAGUAUUAGCUUAUCUCGUUAUAUGGGUUUAACCAACUAAUACUCUCCUCUGGGAGUUUUGGUUUGACACAUGAUACUUGCUGUUUGUGGUUGGUAGGAAUGUUUGUAAUUGUUCGCCAAUUUCGUUGCGUUUAAUCAAGUUAAAGCUGAUGGCUUCUCUGUUUUGA